AUGUUGAAACUAACCGUUCUUGAGUACUUUGCCGACAUGGACUUAGUUCAUGUACACUGUGAACAGCAAAUAUGUCCAGACCUUGACCUUCCUGAAGCGUUAACUAAACACUUGUCCAGCACUAAAGUACUGCAAAACAGACCAAAUCGUCUAUUCUACGUAGUGCCACCAUUCGGCAUAGUAAUGCCUAUUAACGAUAUAAUUUCGUUUAAAGUGUUGUUUGAAUGGUUAAAAAAGAACGUACAUCAAAUAUAUGCCGUCAUUAUGAACAGUACGACGCCCGAUUUAAAAAAAGUGGUGAAGUUGUACGUGAAUAAAAUGCCUACAAUCGAUGUGGACCAAGCUAAACAUUUCAAGCGAACAGUUGCCAAACCAUUUAGUCACCGACCCGUAAAACCGGAACCAGAUUUACUGAAAAACCGAUCAUAUAGUCACCAUUCAAAUCGAUCUCAAGCUGACAAAUCUGGUUCUGUUUUAUCAAAUUUUAGCAGUGGUUCAAACAAGCGCCAAGACGUCAAGAACAAUCAAUUACAGCAAUAA